GGUGAGACUGGAUUGGUUGAUCCCACCCACUCAGGCUCUUUCGCGUUCUACCUUCUGGCCUCGCUCGGCUUCCGUCCUUUCACCUCGAGCCUCUGCCGACAUGGCUAAGAUCAAGGCCCGCGACCUGCGAGGGAAGAAGAAGGAGGAGCUGCUGAAGCAGCUGGAUGACCUGAAGGUGGAGCUGUCCCAGCUGCGGGUGGCCAAGGUGACUGGCGGAGCCGCCUCCAAGCUGUCCAAGAUCCGGGUUGUCCGCAAAUCCAUUGCCCGAGUGCUGACUGUCAUCAACCAGACCCAGAAAGAGAACCUGAGGAAAUUUUACAAAGGCAAAAAGUACAAGCCUCUUGACCUACGGCCGAAGAAGACUCGUGCCAUGCGCCGCAGAUUAAAUAAGUACGAAGAAAGUUUGAAGACCAAAAAACAGCAGCGAAAAGAGCGCCUGUACCCUGUCCGGAAGUUUGCUGUUAAGGCAUAAACCUUUUGCAUACUAUGGAUCUGUCAGCUUUUUCUCAUUAAACAUCAAGUUGUUUGGAAACUGACAGGCAUAGAUACUUGUUUUAUAGUAUGGAUUUGGUUCAGAACUCAUGAUAACACUGCAUGGAGGGAAACUUCAGUUAGAGAUCAUGGGAGCCUUAUGCUAAUGUAGCUUGGAAGAUGCUACAGUUAAUUUGUCACCAUUUGCAUUAUAAAACUGUUUGUUUAAUUUUCCAUAGUGUCCUCUAUAAAGAUCAUGCUAAUGUUUUAGGCAGACAUGAGUCUUUGCAAAUAUUUGAAUCCACUAAGCUUUUAAGUUUUGGGGCAGAAGUAUUUAACAUCUGGCUUCUCAAGUGAACUAGUGUGUGUCUAGUAGUUGAGAAAAUCUUAAAAUAGAAAUUCCUCUAGUGUCAGUCACAUGAGGAUCUGAUCACUGUAUAGGUAAAUUAGCAUAGUGAGGUCCCUUCUUCUUCACUCUGUCUCCUUUGCCAGAGCUUAUUUUGAGCAGUGACUGUACAGCUGGAACUCCUUACUGUUAUUGCUCCAAUGAACCCCAGUAUAUCCAGUAAAAAUGUCCAUAUCGCCAUUAAUGAUAUCUGUCAUUUUAAACCAUUUGGCAUACAAUUCGUGCUUAAAAAUUACUAGCAUUAUUAGUAAUGCUUAGGCUAUUAUGUGGAGAUUCACCUUACUUUCACAGGUGCUCAAGUGUGGUUCGAAAGCUUAUUGCAAUCUUAAUCUUGAUUUCAGAGGAUUGACCACCCUCUGAAAUGAAAUUGAGAGAGCACUGCACGCUGCUGAGGAUUUAUAGCUCCCAAGAGGUGGUUCUUUUAUUACAGGCAUGGAAGGCUCCCUUUGCUCCUGGCAAAUUGUCAGCACUGCUCUUGGCUGUGCAGAACUUAUCCCUACUUUGUGCUUCUGUCGGGUGAAGGUGGAACAGUCUGGGUUGAGCUUUCUGCACUGAUGUAUCAGCAGAAACUUGAAUUAUCUAUGCCUGAUAUUCCAGAAUAUUCACUACAGUUACUUUUAUAUUAAGACCAUAUCAGUUAGCAGGCAUGUUGGUCUCCAGUGAGACCAAAAAAUCGUGGGCAUGUAAGUGGUUCUGAAAACUAGAUUUAUUUGCUUAUGAGUAAGGCUGCGAUUUAAUUAUGGGUAUUUUUAGUAAAAGCCAUGGACAAAAAACAAAAGAAACA